AUGUUAAAAGUAAUUCAAAAUUUCUGCGGCGACACAAAUAUUCAUGGCUUUAUGUACAUCGGUCAGGUAUCAAGUCACAGAAUUGAGAGAAUAUUUUGGGCAAUUUCAAUAUUUGUGUCUUUUACAUUAACUGGAAUCUUGAUAUACAAGUUUAUUAUUGAAAGUCAAGCGAAUCCAAUCGUCAUCUUUACAGAUCAAAAUGCUAUCAGUGUCCAGGACAUAAAUUUUCCGUCGCUUUCAUUCUGUCCUGGAAUUAUAUUUGAAACAAUGAAAAAUCCUUUUAAAUAUACAGAAAUUAAGGAAAUGCUUGAAAAUCAGACAAUAGAAUUGAGCAAUUUAACAUUAGAUGAGCUUAAAAUGAUGCAAAUUGUAAGUCUGGUUGCCAAUGAUCGAUUCAUGUCUGGAAACUACCCAAAUUUAUCAAUUACGACAGAGGAUUUUAUGGAUGUAUUAAAUACUUUUGGAAGUUUCAUUGGAGAAUCAGUUAAGUCUAAUGUACUUCCAACAUAUUACUUCUUUAAUGGAAACUGGUCAAAUAAGUAUCCAAUGAACCUUACUCGAACCAUAGGCCGCACUGGAUUUUGUCAUACUUUCAAUUUCCCCAACUCUUCUCAAAUGUUCCGAAUGGAAAGCAUUUCACAGGACUUUAAAUUUACUAAUAUUUCCAAACAUGGAACUGCAUGGCAACUAGCACCCGAAUAUAAUCUAACAUUGGAAUAUCCAGUGAAGCCUGUGAAUCCGAAAAAAUGUUUAUACAUUGGAUAUAGCGAAUCUGUAUAUGUAUUAGAUCAAAAACGUUAUCAAGUAAAGGGUUUAUCAGAUGUUAUUCCUGAAAAAAACUUUGAUGGUAUAAAAUUAAUGUUUCAUGAUGCUUUCGAGAUGAUUUUUGAUGAUGCAAUCACUCUUCAUACACGAAAAAAGUGCUAUUUAAAAAUAUUAGUAACACCAAAAGUAUUGAGGAUCGACUCAUCAAUCAUGGAUUUUGACUUGGAACAACGCAAAUGUUACUUGGAAGUUGAGCGAGAAUUAAAAUUUCUCAAAGUGUACAACAAAGUAAAUUGUGAGCAUGAAUGUUUGGCUGAUUUGACACUUCAAAUUUGUGGUUGUGUCCAAUUUCAUAUGGUCAGAAAUCAAACAACAAGAAUUUGUGGAAUCGUCGAUGAAAACUGCUUCAGAAAAGUCGAGAAUGAUUUCAAUAAUGUAAAAUCAAACUGUAUGUGUUAUGAGCCAUGCGAGACUGUUAAAUAUGAAGUCAAAAUGAUCUACAAUUUUAGAAAGAAGGAUUUGCAUGCAAUAUCAAGAUCAGGCUACGUCAAUAUCGAGUUUGAAAUCCAGUUUGGAAUUAGCGAAAUUUUUGCAGUCAAGAAAAGAAAGACAGUAACGAAUAUUGAUAUUUUGUCAUUAAUUGGAGGCUUUUUGGGACUAUUUGCUGGAUUCUCAUUCCUUUCUGGUGGAGAGAUCAUCCUUCAUUUUGUCAUUAAUCCUCUAGAUAUGCUUGUAAAAAGAAAGUCAAGAAGAGUUCACGCUAUUCUUAACAAUACAAAACCAAAAUUGGAAUUAAAAAUUUGGAAUUAUGUAGUCGACUUUCUAGAGAAUUCUUCAAUUCACAGCUUCAGUCAUAUUGGAAACAACAAGAAAAUAUUAUUGCAGAGCCUUCAGAUAGACUUUAUGCUUUGUCGUAAAUUGGGAUCUUACAAUGACGGAUUUCGUACUUUGUUCAAUUACACAUCAGCAUCAGAUUUCGUGUUCUUGCUUCGAAAUUACACUAGUUCAGACAUACCUUGGUUUAUUUACAAAAAUGCAAAAUGGAACAAAGUUAUAGAACCAGCGUUUGCAGAAAUUUUGACACAAAAUGGAGUUGGAUAUACAUUCAAUUUGAUGAAUCAAUCAGAGUUAUUUUUUGAUAACAGGCUGUCAAAGGAUUUUGACUACACAUACGAUACGAAUGACACAAUUAGCUAUCCAUGGUCAACAAAAGCAGGAGUCGACUUUGGUCUACGAAUAACAUUUAAGAUGAACAAAUUAAGUGAAGGCUGUUUCGAUUAUGACUCUUUCAUUGUUCAUCCACCGAACGAGCUACCAAUAUAUUCAGAUAUAAUUAGAUUUGAAGACUUAGUCACAACUGAUGUUGUUAUAACUCCUGAAAUUAUCAAAACUGAUGACGAUUUAAAACGAUUAGAUGCAAAUGUCAGAAAAUGUUAUUUUGAUGAUGAACGGAAACUGAAGUAUUUCAAAGUUUACACUCAAAGGAACUGUGAGCAGGAGUGCUUGACAGAGAUUAUUUAUUCAGAUUGCAGAUGUGUUCCUUUCUAUGCAAUCAGAAAUUCAUCGACAGAUCUUUGUAGUUUUCGACGCUAUGUUCAAUGUGCUGUUAAAUAUGAAGAAUAUUCAGAUUUCAAGAAGUAUGACUAUCUGUAUGAGUCUCGAGGUGUUUGUAAGUGCUUGCCGCUGUGCAACUAUGUUUCAUACUCUUAUGAAAUAUUUACAAGAGGAUUUGCUACGUAUCAAAACUCAACUAUAGCUUUGAUGUGGAAAGAUGCUGAAUAUUAUGCAUUAAUCAGAUAUCAACAAUUUACAAUCGUGGAUUUUCUUGCUUAUGUUGGCGGAAUUUUAGGACUUUUUGCUGGCAUUUCUGCACUUUCUGUUGUUGAAUUUUUAUACUUUUUCACUUUGAGAUUAGCUACUGAUUUGUUGAGAUAUUAUGCUAAAUAAACGAGUUGCAUGUGCUCACAUCAAAUUUGAUGUAAAUUUAACAUGCAAUAGCU